UUAUCUAGCGAUAGAUGGCACAAUAUAAGAUGUUUAUUUUUUUAUUUUAUUUUGUUUAUACCACAUGGUUUUGUGAUACAAAGAAAUUGAUUUUGAAUUUCGAUCAUCAUGUUAAUUAAAUCAUAUCGAUGGUCAUCAUUUUCAAAAAUGACGAUGAUGAUGACUACCAAACAUCGACCCUACACAAUGACUUCCAUUAAUCAAUCACGACAAACACGAAUGCGUCCACAAGAUCCUGAAGAAGUAGCGAACAUGGAUGAAUAUCAAUUCGCCGAUGAGAAACAUUCAACAAAACGUUCGAAAUCGAUAUUUUGUUGGGGAUUCUCGUCAACCGGUGCUUUGGGUCGUCAAAGUCAUCUUGGUCGAUAUGAAAAAGCAACCGGUCAAAUUGAAAUACCCAAACGAACAGUGAUACGUUCGCCACAACGACUUCGAUUCGUGAAUCCUCGUUGUCAUGUAUAUGAUGUAGCAGCAGGUUCUGGUUUCACUGUGAUUGCAGCUACCUAUGAUGGUUCCACACAUGUAUUGUUUGGCUGUGGUCUGAAUACUGAUUCACAGAUUGGUUUUCAAUCCAAUCAAUCAAAUGAACCGUUAAUCUGUGUGGCUGAACCGGUGCCUAUCGAUUUACCAUUGAACAACAGCAAUAAAAAAAAUAUGGAGAAAGUGGUCAAAGUAGCAUGUGGUCGGGCACAUACUGUAUGUCUGACCAAUCAUAAUAACGUGUUCACAUUGGGUAACAAUUCAUUUGGUCAAUGUGGCCGUCCAAUUGUGGAGGAUGAAAAAUAUUUUGCCUCUAAACGUGUUCAUCAAAUUGAUUAUGAUCAAAACGAUCCAAUAGUCGAUAUUUGUUGUGGUCUUGAUCAUACAUUAGCGUUAACCCGAUCUGGUAUUGUUUACUCAUUUGGUUGGGGUGAUGAUGGCCAAUUGGGUCAUGGUGUAUGUCGUUCAUCAUGGAAAUUAUCCAAAGUUAUCGGUGAUAUUCAAGGUGAAAAAAUUAUCAAAAUUUCAUCUGCCGGUGAUUGUGUAUUAGCCAUUAAUGAAAAAGGACAAAUGUUUGGCUGGGGUAAUAAUGAAUAUGGACAAUUAGCUAUGGCCAAUAAUGUGAAUCAGACACAAAUUCAUACAUCUAGACAUCUUAAAGUGGACAACAAUUCGAUAGGAAAAAUUUCCGAUGUAGCUGCUGCUGGUUCAAUGUGUGCAUUAAUUAAUGAUUCCGGUUCAAUAUUUGUUUGGGGUUAUGGAAUACUUGGAUUAGGACCGAAUAUACGUGAAAAAUUAUGGCCAACCGAAUUGCAUGCAAAUCUAUUUGGUCGUAAUGUAUUGAAUAUGGAUACAAAAAUUACGAAAAUCAUUGCCGGUUUACAUCAUUUUGGUGCCAUCAAUAAUAGAGGUGAAUUAUUUAUGUGGGGUAAAAAUAAUCGUGCCAAUCUAGGAAUCGGUACCAAACAUGAUAUGAUGUUUCCAUUUCGGAUAUCAAUACCAACACAUGUGAUCAAAUUAAGUUUAGGCAUCGAUCAUUCUAUUGCUGUUGGUUAUCGAUUGAUUUGAUUUUUUUUUUCGUUUACUUUCACGUUUUAUUUGUUCACUGAUCUCAAUCAAUUUUUUUUUGUUUUCUAUUUUGACAAUAAAAAAAAUAAAAAAAUUUCGUACA